GGCCAACGUAACACUUCUGAUUGGCCAAUCCGGAGAUGUAGACACACACCACAUCUUCACAAUGACCCGUUGAGCGAAGAGUUCUCCAGCGUUUCGCCAAUAUUUACUUUACAUUUAAAUUACUGGAAAUUCAGGUCUCUGACAGGUCAGAAUGGGGAAUCUGAUCAAGGUUCUCACACGAGACAUCGACAACAAUACAGGGAACUUUUUCCUGGACUUUGAAAAUGCUAAGCCCACAGAGGCUGAGAGGAGAGUAUGGGAGGAGGUCAGUAAGGUACUUAUAGAGGCUGUGAGCAUACUAAAGGACCUGCAGUCUUACAGUGGAGCAGGUGAAGCCAUCAGACAGGCCAUACAGCAUCCAAAUGAUGAGCGCGUGCAAGAGGGCGCGUGGGCCGCUGUGGUCCCACUGGUGGGCAAACUAAAGAAGUUUUAUGAGUUCUCACUAAAAUUGGAGGAUUCUCUGCAAGGCUUGCUGGAAUUCCUCACCAGCUCGCGCUGCAGUCCCACUCAGCAUCUGGAGCAGGAGCAGGCUCUGGCACGGCAGUUUGCAGAGAUUUUACAUUUCACACUGCGCUUCGAUGAGCUGAAGAUGACCAACCCAGCCAUCCAGAAUGACUUCAGCUACUACAGAAGAACCCUGAGUCGCAUGCGUAUUAACAAUCAGGCCCAUGCAGAGGAGCACAAUGAGGUUGACAACGAAAUGGCCAAUCGCAUGUCUCUCUUCUACGCCAAUGCCACGCCCAUGCUGAAAACAUUAAGCGACGCCACAACUAAAUUUGUAUCAAAGCAUGAAGAACUACCCAUAGAGAACACAACAGAUUGCCUGUGUACAAUGGCAAGUGUGUGUAAAGUCAUGUUAGAGACACCGGAGUACCGCAGUCGUUUUGCCAGUGAGGACACAGUUUUAUUUUGUCUGCGUGUGAUGGUGGGGGUCAUCAUCCUGUACGACUACGUCCAUCCUGCUGGAGCCUUCGUAAAAUCAUCCAAAAUCGAUAUGAAAGGAUGCAUUAAAGUCCUGCGAUAUCAGCCGCCCAACAGUGUGGAGGGGCUCCUCAAUGCUCUCAGGUACACAACAAAACAUUUGAAUGAUGAGUCUACCUCCAAGCAAAUCAAAAACAUGUUACAAGCUUGACUGUGUCUGCCAAAGGUAUUACCCCUCAAAUAAAUUGGAUGGGACGGUUCAACAGUUUUUUGUAAUACAAUGAGAAAAGCAAUGUAUCAUGUGGCAGCUACUGUCAAGUCUGUUUUGUAAUGUUGUUGUUUUGGUUUUUUAGAUCUUACUCUGGUAGACUGUAAGUUUUGUGUGGCCUUUAGAUUUCAAAGAUUCUUCUUUGUUGUGAGGCCACCCAACAAAGAUUCCCUUUCCAUGUUUGCUAUGGUUCACUGAGCAACCAGACAGGAACACAAAUUUUGGUCCAUUCCCUUUUUAAUGAUAAUUUUUACUGUGACUUUUAUUAACAUGAAUCUUUUCAACUGAAUAAAGCUAUUUUAACCAAAAAGACUGGACUUAAAAUGCCUGACAGUUAUUAUAGUCCUAAAAUUAGAGCAAGGACUCAUUUGAAUCAGGCCAUUGAAAUCAAACUGUUCUCUCACCACAAUGCCAAAUACUCUAACAAAAUUAUUAGUCCUAAACCCACAUCCUUUUCACGAAGAGAGUCUCAAGAUUAUUCAUUUCCCCUUUCAGUGACUGUGAGUCUACACCAGCAAGUCAUUAGACUAUAACAAAUUCCACUCACCAGGCAGCACUUCUGUUCUUUUGCUCUUUGUAUCCCCACCGAAUACUGACAAAUCAGAAGAACUGGAGCUAUAAACAAGCCAAAAUAUGAUGUAAAUUCGCCCUGCUAAAACACUAGCUUAAAUAUCCAUAUAGGUCAAGACUGGUUUAAGCUGGUUUCAUGCUGGUCUAG